AUGAAUCCAGAUGUGUCGGACCAGAAGCCCUCGACUACGUCUUGGAACGAAGGUGAGAGGCAUUCUACGAGAAAUUUCGCUCACAAAAUUCCUCCUUGUCAAAACGCGCACAAAUUCAUAUGCAAGCAUACUCCAAGAUUACACGCAAGUUCCAACUUCCAAAGAAACAGGUUUCGCGGCGCAGCAAGGGAGGCGACUUCUGCAGUAUUUCGAACAGACUUUCCAGGAAGGAGCAGAUAUCCUACAAUGAAACGCAGCAAUGUUCCGGUGUCGCUACAACCAGAAACAGUGCAUACAAUCAGGACCAUUUCUCGAUUAACCAGGCCAAGAGCUGGCACAGUAUUAGUCAAAACUAUAAUUCUAAUGGCUCAAAAUGUUUCAGGAGAACUUCUGCAGUUGAAAGAAAGAAUCACCUGGGAACGCAGACUCAAGGAUCUGCAAUUCGAUGGAACUAUCUACCCAGCCUUUUGUACGGAUAAUAAUCGGCCCGGAACCGAUUGGAUUGCUAAGUUACAUUUACCCAAAGAGUCCAGUAGUAUUGAUAGCUGUCCUAAAUGCUCGUGUCGUUACAAGUCAUUCGUACGGCCGACACUGCUGUCUUUGCCGGAGCGCAAACCGCCAUGGUCGCGGAUGCAAGUGCACCCAGGUGGAUCCCAUCCUCGUGACCUCCAGCCCACUUAUUUUUUUUCCAGGAUGGAGAGGUGUUAUAGUGGAGCUUCCAGUGGAAAGAUUUCAGCACGUUUUAUCUCAUUCUCCGCUUCUGUUUGGAAACUGCCUCCUCAUGACAGACAACGUUACAAACGUCACCAACCGGAGCCCAGACAUUCUCUACCAUUCACUGACGAGGCACGUUUGGAUCACUUACCAAAGAAGCCAAUCCCAACCACUGGAUUGUGGGGGUCUACGGCUCCUCACAUAAGGGACAAAAGAUUCAAGCAUGGGGAGCUGCUCAAAAGUAUGCCAUCAACUUUCGACAAGCUACAAGAGCUUUACCACUUUGAAGAUAAUUUGUGGUUUCACUCAUUGGAUCUUCCCCUUAAAAUACCCGGAAUGCUCCCUUUCGUACAACAGCUUACGAGAACAAAUGUUGCUAAAUGGGAACCAGAGGAAGUGGAUUGUCCGUUGAUGCAGAAGUAUCUCUUGCAGUCUUUAUCGGAAGGGUUAUCGUUGCUUAAUCGUCUUCCUUUAAACCGGAUCGAUGAACGCCCCACUGCAGUAGAGGCGCGGGCGAAACACCGCAGCCGUCUGAUUGCUGCUUGCCUAGAGUCUGCUUACCAAGCCUGGACACGAGCUUAUCCUUGCUCAUCGCCAUCUGAUCAUGUCCACCAGGUCGACGAAAGGGCUACAGUAGAGACGUUUUUCAAACGUUUGGUUUCCCCCGGCCUUUUUGUGAAGCACGAUGAUGUGAUUGAAGAUGUGUUCGAUGAAGUGAAUGACACAGUUGUGGAUCCCGAGGAGAACACUGUCCGCUAUCGCAUUCGUACGGAACUGGCAUGGCAGUUACGUGUUUCUCGACCUUUGCAGCAGUUUAUCUGUUGGGAGCAUCCUACUUGCCUCGAAUGUGAAGUUCCUGUCUGCAAUUAUCGACCGGAAGCGUUUGAUCUGAAACCGCUUGAGUGUUACCGGUUUUCUUGUUUGCCCUAUACGCAAGCGCCGGACUUUUCGGAAUACGCCCGCUCCGUUGCGGGCUAUUGGUCUCACACACCCUUUUGGCGAGGGGACCCGUGUGAAUUUGGCCUGGUUGGAGCUUUGGAUGUUGUUCGUGGUGAACAAGUUCACAAAAACCUUGCUCGCAGUGCCCUCCCUGAGGAUGUCAAGUCUGAAGUCAUUAUGCAGCAUGGGCUAAGCGAGGGACUGCUGUCUGCCUUUGCUUGGACAAGUGCUCAAGCUUACAACCAAGGUUUUACUCUCUACAACGAAAUCACCUAUCCUUUUGCAGCACAACUUGUGCUGUUUGACGCGGACCACAUACAGCUACUGAGAUAUCAACUAAAUUCCCUUUGCUCGCUUUGGAAGAGUGAGGAUUCCGGACUACCAUACAACAUGGCUUGGUAUUCUCCGAAGGUCCGAUUGUUCGACUUCGAUUCCUCUGCACACCAUCCGAUCUCCAUUAAUCCUCAUGCAAUUUCGCUACUUGUGACAGCAAUGCAACAUCCCAUAGACACAACUCGCUCCUCCACACAAUUGAGACCAUACCUUCCCACUUCUGAUUACGAUGUGGAUAAGGCAUACUUUAUUCCAUCUGCGGGAGACACACAGUACACGCCAAUUCAUCCAUCUGCGUCUAAUGCCGAGUCUGCGGAAUUGUUAUUAUCCGAACAGGAAUUGGCCGCACUGGAUGAGACACAGCAGAAAGCCGUAUCGCUUCCGACUCGGCUGUUCAACCCUCCUCGACCAAACCCCAACGAUGUGUUUUAUUUCAAGCCCACAGACCGUUCGAAGUUGAACGCCGAAUUCAAGGAAGAAAUGCCUAGUUUCGGUGGAGAAUUCGGUGAAUUGCCUGGACGUUUCAAUAUACUUGCUCAAAAAUAUCGGAUUGAGAAACGCAACCGUGGAGCUCGCUCGCAUGUCCAGGCUCCGCCUCGUCGUUGGCGCUGAGCUAACAAGAUUAUUUGGGCUCAUUCACAGUCCUAUUAUCCUUCCAUUCUUUACUGCUUUUCGAGUGAACCAAUUUGUAUAAAGCAAUCUUCCUUCAACUG